CUCUAAAACCCUAAACCUAGCCUCUCUCUCUGUUUUUUCCUCUCUCCAAGGUCAGAGAGGUAAUCAACAACGCCGCAUCAACCACGCCGCCGGCCUCUCCAACCUCCAAUUUUCAAUAGUAGGGGGGUGAUAGCUGGUGAAGCUUUAAGAUGGUGCAGUAUAAUUUUAAGAACAUUACUGUAGUUCCAAAUGGGAAGGACUUCAUUGAUAUAAUUUUGUCUCGUACUCAACGGCAAACGCCGACUGUUGUCCAUAAGGGCUAUGCUAUCUCUCGCCUACGCCAAUUUUAUAUGCGUAAAGUGAAGUAUACCCAGACGAACUAUUAUGACAAGCUCUCUACAAUCAUCGACGAGUUUCCUCGUCUUGAUGAUAUCCAUCCUUUUUAUGGAGAUCUUCUUCAUGUGCUCUACAACAAAGAUCACUACAAGCUUGCCCUUGGCCAGAUCAAUACCGCAAGGAAUCUGAUUAGUAAGAUUGCUAAAGAUUAUGUCAGGUUGUUGAAGUAUGGUGAUUCGUUGUACCGAUGCAAGUGUCUGAAGGUUGCUGCUCUUGGUCGCAUGUGCACUGUCAUAAAAAGGGUUGCUCCUAGUUUGGCUUACUUAGAACAGAUCAGACAGCAUAUGGCUAGGCUACCUUCGAUUGAUCCAAAUACUCGGACGGUCUUGAUUUGUGGGUAUCCCAAUGUGGGCAAGAGUUCCUUCAUUAACAAGAUCACUAGAGCUGAUGUGGAUGUCCAGCCCUAUGCUUUCACCACAAAGUCGCUCUUUGUUGGUCAUACAGACUAUAAAUACCUAAGGUAUCAAGUCAUUGAUACACCUGGUAUUUUGGACCGGCCUUUUGAGGAUCGCAAUAUUAUUGAGAUGUGCAGUAUCACAGCUUUGGCACAUCUUCGAGCUGCAGUGUUGUUCUUCUUAGACAUCUCGGGGUCUUGUGGAUAUACCAUUGCACAACAGGCUGCACUUUUUCACAGCAUUAAGUCUCUGUUUAUGAACAAACCUUUGACUAUUGUAUGCAACAAGACUGAUUUGCAACCACUUGAAAGUUUAUCAGAGGAAGAUAUGAAGUUGGUCAUGGAGAUGAAAGCUGAAGCUAUGAAGACAGUGGUUGGUCAAGGAGGUGAGCCUACUGAUGACCAAGGGGUGCUGCUGACCAUGAGUACUUUGACUGAGGAUGGGGUAAUUGCUGUGAAAAAUGCAGCUUGUGAGAGGUUAUUGGAUCAGAGGGUUGAAAUAAAGAUGAAAUCCAAAAAGAUAAAUGAUUGCUUAAAUCGUUUUCAUGUUGCGAUUCCAAAGCCACGGGACCAGAAGGAAAGGCCACCUUGUAUACCUCAGGCAGUUUUGGAAGCUAAAGCGAAGCAAGCAGCAGAGAAGGAAAAGAGGAAAACUGAAAAGGAUUUGGAGAAUGAGAAUGGUGGUGCAGGAGUAUACUCUGCUAGUUUGAAGAAGAAUUAUAUCUUAGCUAAUGAUGAAUGGAAAGAAGAUGUAUUGCCAGAAAUUCUUGAUGGGCACAAUGUGUAUGACUUCAUUGAUCCUGAUAUUUUACAAAGGCUUGAGGAGUUGGAACAAGAAGAAGGGCUAAGGCAGGCAGAGGAAGUUGAUGAUGAUUUUGAGAUGGAUGGCAAGGAAUUGACUCCGGAAGAGCAACAAGCAUUGGCUGAGAUUAGAAAAAAGAAAAGCUUACUCAUUCAACAGCACAGGAUCAAGAAAAGCACUGCAGAGAGCCGGCCUAUUGUACCAAGAAAGUUUGACAAGGACAAGCAGUUCACAACCAGGAGAAUGGGAAGGCAGCUAUCUGCUUUGGGGCUGGAUCCAUCUAAGGCCAUUGAUCGAGCCCGUAGUAGGUCGAGAGGUCGGAAGAGGGAGAGGUCACCUGCUAAUGAUGGUGGUGAUGCUAUGGAUAUGGAUGUGGACACACCUAACAAGAGGCUGCGAAUGAGGUCUAGAUCCCGAUCAAGGUCAGUCUCACGGCCACCGGGUGAACUUGUCCCUGGAGAGGGCUUCAGGGACUCUGCUCAAAAGGUUAAGGCACAAAAGCUUGCAAAGAAAUCUUCCAAGAAGAGGAACAAGGAUGCACGUCGUGGUGAGGCAGAUAGGGUAAUACCUACUUUGAAACCAAAGCAUUUGUUCUCUGGGAAGCGGUCCAGCGGAAAAACUGAUAGACGUUGAUUUACUAGAGGGCAUGUUGGUUCAUGGUUCGUGGAGACAGAAUUCCUUGGGUUUACUUGCAGUCAAGAAAGAAUUUUGUUCGAUCAAUUCUUUGGUUUGGCUGGAGGUUGUACACUUCUUGACCAUGGCAGCAUAUCAGCAGAUUUUUGCUAUCUUCUUUGUUAUAGCAUAAUGUUGAGGCAAUUUUGAGUUUGAGAAACGAUUUAAAUUAUAAUUUUUCCUAAGUGACUAGAGCGUGACUUAAUAUUAAAUUUUUUGUUUGGUUUUUCCUCUUAAUAUCGUAAUGUGUAUUAGUUCACAGAUGAAUUUGGCUUAAUUGCUGUUUGUUAGAUACUCCAAGACCCAAUUCAAAUUAUGUUUUCAUUGAUGAUCGUUUUG